AUGAAGAUUAAAGUGAUUUCAAGGAAUCCUAACACGUAUCAACGGGAAACAGUCGAUCAACGUAACAAAAGUAAGUUUUUCAGUGGUGAAUUUUAAAUAAAGAAAUCUAUUAUAGUUGUUCGAAAUUUCAACACACCUGCUGACCCAUUCCGUGCACAAACUGAAUAUACAAGAGCUUUAAAUGCGACAAAACUUGAAAGAGUAUUUGCUAAACCAUUUGUUGCUAGUCUAGAUGGUCAUGUUGAUGGUGUUCAAGUUUUGGCAAAACAUCCAAGUCGCCCAUCAACAAUCCUAUCUGGAAGUCGAGAUGGACAAGUUAAAUUAUGGAAUCUUCCAUCUCGAUCAUGUAUCGCAACAUUGGAUGCACAUAGAGGACUUGUAAAUGAUAUAUCAGUUGAUAAUUCAGAUGGAAAUAGUUUCGUAACAGUUGGUCAAGAUAGUCAAUUAAAAUAUUGGAAAAUUCCAUCAACAAUCGAUAAUAAUAUCACAACUCCAGCACAUUCAAUUGCUUUAGAAGGAAUUGCAUACGGUGUUUCACAUCUCUCAUAUUCUUCUGAUUUUGUAACAUGCGGUGAAGAUAUUAGUGUUUGGAAAGCUUUUCGAGAAACACCACUUCGCAGUUAUAAUUUGGGAACUGAUACAAUUCAUACUUGUCGUGCGAAUCCUGUCGAAGAAAAUGUUAUUGUUGGAGCAAAAUCUGAUCGAUCUAUUUUUGUAUUGGAUACUCGACAAGAUGUUCCAUUGAAAAAAGUAACAAUGAAAUUGAGACCUAAUAAAAUCUCAUGGAAUCCAAUUGAAGCAUACAGUUUUACAGUAGCCAGUGAAGAUUAUAGGUAUUUAAUUUAUGAUUUAAUAAAAUACAAAUCUAUGAUAUUUUUUUUCAGUUUGUACACAUUUGAUAUGAGAUUCAUGGAACAUCCAAUUCAAUCACAUCAAGGUUUUACAUCAGCAGUUCUCGAUGUCGAUUAUUCUCCAACUGGUCAAGAAUUUGUUGCAGCUGGUUAUGAUCGAUCAAUUCGUUUGUUCAAAUCAAGAGAAAUGACAAGUCGUGAUAUUUAUUAUACAAAACGAAUGCAAUCUGUUUUGUCUGUACUUUGGUCAGCUGAUUCGAAAUUUGUUAUGUCUGGAAGUAAUGAAAUGAAUAUUCGAGUUUGGAAAGCGAAUGCCGCUGAAAAAUUGGGACCUGUAAGUUUUCUUCGUUAGAAAUAAAACUGUUUUUUCUCAUAUUAUUUCAAUUUCAGCUCACAAAACGAGAAAAACAAGCAUUUGCUUAUAAUUCAAAAUUACGCGAGACUUAUAAAAAUCACCCAGAAGUUCGAAGAAUUGCAAAUCAUCGCAAUGUUCCAAAACACAUUUUCAGGUAAUUUUUUUUUUGAAAAAUUCGAAUAUUUAAACCAGAAAAAAUUCCAUAUUCAAAUUUCAGCGCUGCACGAGAACAUCGUGUUAUUCGAGAUGCUCGAACUCGUCGCGAUUUGCGUCGAGCAAAAGCUGCUGGUCUCAACGAAGAAGAAUCCUAUCUUCCGGCAACUCAAAAAUCGAUGCUUGGAGAUGCCGAAUCAUAA